AUGGCCACAAAUGGCAACGGUGCUCACCCCGUUGAGACUGCUGCUCCAGUUGACAAUGGAACCACCACACCUGCACCAGCCACUACCAACCAAUGGGCGACAGUAAACGGCCCUCUUGGUAUCGGAUCUGCCAGUCUCGCUGGAAAGAUCGCUUUGGUCACGGGUUCAGGACGAGGAAUUGGACGAGAAAUGGCUCUCGAGUUGGGACGUCGAGGAGCAAAGGUUGUUGUCAACUACGCCAACAGCUCCGAGGCCGCUGAUGAGGUCGUUGCCGAGAUCCAAAAGUCCGGAAGCGAGGCGAUCGCCAUCAUGGCCAACGUCUCUGUUGUCAAGGACAUCAUUUCUCUGUUCGCUCAAGCCGUUGCUCACUUCGGCAAGCUCGACAUUGUCUGCUCAAACUCUGGUGUCGUGUCUUUCGGCCACAUCAAGGAUGUUACCGAGGAGGAGUAUGACCGCGUCAUGAACAUCAACACCCGAGGCCAGUUCUUCGUUGCUCGUGAGGCUUACAAACACUUGUCCAUUGGCGGCCGUCUCAUCAUGAUGGGUUCCAUCACUGGUCAAGCCAAGGGUGUUCCAAAGCACACCGUCUACUCUGGUAACAAGGGUGCCAUUGAGACUUUCGUGCGAUGCAUGGCCAUUGACUUCGGUGACAAGAAGAUCACCGUCAACUGCAUUGCUCCCGGAGGAAUCAAGACCGACAUGUACCACAAGGUUUGCCGAGAGUACAUUCCCAACGGCGAGAAGCUUUCCGACGACGGAGUCGACGAGUACGCCGCCACCUGGUCUCCUCUCCACAGAGUCGGUCUCCCAAUUGAUGUUGCUCGCGUUGUCUGCUUCCUUGCCAGCCAAGACGGCGAAUGGAUCAACGGAAAGGUGUUGGGCAUUGAUGGCGCUGCUUGCAUGUAA